AUGCUGGACAACAUGGAGUUCCUCGAAAAGCAUAAGGCCUUUCAAACUGAGGAAUUACCGUUGUCCACCUCGAACACCAUCAGCCACUUCUUCAUCUGUCUGCGCCUAUCGGCAAUCCUUUAUAACCGUAGCAGUCGGCGCAAAUCCACAUCGCCUAAUUUCUGGCUCAUUUGGUCCCGGUGUCAAGCCAUCAGCUUUCGUGUCGGAUCUAUGGAAGUCGUAGGCUCGCACCGUGCUCCUCAAACAUAUGCCACAUAUCAUUUCAGGGAAGGUGUGUCAUCUGAUUUGCCCUUGUCGUCUCAAACAAGCAAGCAAGCUAUGCUGCCCCGCGAGUUGUUGAGAGCAGAUAAGUCGGCUGUUUACUACAUUCCAUAUCGUUCGUUCUACGGCCAAACCGUUUUCGUCACUGUGUUUGGUGGCCUAACAGUUGUCCGCGAUAUUUUGGUCCGCGAAAGUGUGGAUGUGGUUCAUGGUCACUCGGCCUUCUCCCCAUUGGCAUUGGAGUCUCUGAUGCAUGCCAAGGCCCUCGGUCUGCGUGCUCUCUUUACGGACCACUCACUAUUCGGGUUUGCUGACCUCUCCUCCAUCCUCGCCAACCGUGCGCUUUUUAUGUCUCUAAACGUGGUGGAUAACUUCAUAUGCGUCUCUCAUGUGGCCAAGGAGAACACUGUGCUGCGUGGUGGCAUAGAACCAGAACGUGUCUACGUCAUUCCCAACGCCAUCGACCCCCGUGCUUUCACUCCUGAUCCUGCCCGCCGUGAUCCAGAUAAUAUCACCGUGGUCGUCGUCAGCCGAUUGGUUUACAGAAAAGGUGCAGACUUAUUGGCUGCUAUAAUUCCACCAUUGUGCUCCACCUUUCCUAAGCUUCGAUUUAUUAUUGGUGGUGAUGGUCCCAAACGAUUAGCACUGGAAGAGAUGAGAGAGCGACACAACUUACACUUCCGUGUGGAGAUGUUGGGCGCCUUGCCAAACCACAAAAUUCGUGAUGUCCUUGUUUGCGGCGACAUCUUCCUCAAUGUCUCUCUCACAGAGUCCUUUUGCAUUGCCAUUGUAGAGGCUGCGAGCUGCGGGCUCCUCGUAGUGAGCACGAAAGUAGGCGGUGUGCCUGAGGUGCUGCCUCCACACAUGAUCAGAUUGUCUGCAGUCAGCGCUUCGGGAUUAGCUUCCACGCUGGCCGACGCGAUUGAGGAGGUUCGUCAGCAGCGUCUCCAAUGGUCGCAGGAGGCCUCUCUGACUCGGUCUGUAUCUAUUGAGUCUCAGGCAAGUGUUGCGGGUUCUAGAUGGAUGUCAUUUGUCAAGCAGAGUGAUGCCGCGAAUCAACGCCAAUCACUCCGUCGAUCGAGAAGUGUUUCCUUAGAAAGAAUGAACGAGAGGAAAGAGGUUGAGAGUGGCACAUCAAUGGGUCUGGGUGGCCCUCGGAUCCGGCUUAGCCAGUCAUCCUCCUGGCCCUCCGCCUCCGCCGUUGAAAUGGCAUGGCAACGCCAUCGUCAGAUCCGCCUAUGCUACACCUGGGGUGAUGUCACUCGACGCACUGAAAUCGCCUAUCAAGCAGCCAUGUCGCGGCCGCGUAUCACUCCCAAAGACGCUAGCAUUGCGUACGUCGCUCUAUUUUCUGCUCCAAGUGAGGUACUUGAUCCCAUCCAAAAUGUCAUGGCUUAUCAAAGACUGGGUCCAGUAUGUGGAAUUAUAGUGGCAAUCGGAUGGAUGAUUGAGUGGAUUUUUAUCAUUCUCUUGGAAUGGUUCAAACCAUCCAAUACAAUUGAUCGAGUACCCUACUUUGCCACAACAUCAUGGCAAUUCGACAUGUGGAACCAAUCGGUGAUCUCGCCUUACGAGGAGAUGAAGACGACGUCCAUAUUGGGCAGUACUCCCAAGAGGUGUGCCUUCAAACAAAAAGGUGCCACCUCCACUGCAUGUGGCGAUGUCACUCGGACCUCCUAUUAA